UUUUGGGAUUACGUACCACUUACAGCAAUGAACGUAGAAAUGUUUUGGCUUCAUUACGUAGUGGAAUGGAUAGUGAUUGAGUGUAUCAACCUAGUCUGUGGUAUUAUGCGAAAAUGGAAUUUUUGAAUAAUCAUUUGGCAAUACGAACAUCCGUUUCGAAUUUAGAUGCAUUAGUCUCCAACACAGAACUACCCGAGAAUGCAAUUAUUGAGGAAGAGGAAACAGAGUCUGAGGAAUAUGUACCCGAGGUUACUGAAGAAUAUGUGGAAGAUAAUGUACUAUCACCUGUAUCUGAUACUGGGACAAUAACGCCUCGUGACGAAACUCCUGCUUUGUCAAGAUCGGGCACUCCGAUUGCGAGAAAAAGGAAGGCAACCAAAAAAGAUAAUGACAAUGAACUACUUUCACAGAUGACGAAGCAUCUUGGAAGUGUUGUCAGUACAUUAAAUAAUCCUAAAGAAACAAGUAAUGAUGAUGAUAUAUUUGCAAGUUUUAUUUCAUCACAACUUAAAAUGAUAUCAGAUCAGCGAGUAAAAGCAAAUGUUAAAUACUAA